UGUGCUUGCAGGAAACAAAAAAAGGUUUGUCAGUGAAAUGGUGUUAAACCACUUGGACACGGGCAGUUUAAAAAAGCCCGGAACUCAGUGCAGACUCUGCUGGGAGAGUGAAAACCACAGUGUUACGCUGCAGCCUCACCUUCUCCAAACCACUGUCGUGAGAGUCACAUCACUGUCCUCGCUCUACUCUGUUCAUUUGUCAGGUUAUUCCUGGAUGUGCUGGUACGAUGUUUCACCGCUCUUCUGCUCGACCAUGCCUGAAGCUGCUGCUGCUGCUGCUGCUGCUCAUGUCGGCUAAAGUCUUCUGUCUGCAUGGAAAUCUCACCACAGGCGACCGCAAUCUUCAGUGUGUGAACGAUUAUCUGUUCACCAUCAACUGCACGGUGAGCAUCACACCAUCAGAGAACAGCAGCAGCAGCGUGUACUGGCUGACUAUCACAGAAACACAUGAGAAUGACACGUUUGUGUGUCCGCUGACAAACACGGACGGCAGACAUUUCUGCUCUGUGGAAACCUCAGAUGAUGAGGAUUCUUCAGUGAUCUUCAGUGACACGGACGUUUAUAGAAUCUCACUCUAUCACAACCAAACUGACGGGGAUUUGACCUGCGAGCUGCUGGAUGGAGCAUACAGGCCGUUCACACACAUCAAACCGAAUGCACCGUGCUGCCUCAGCGUCGGCCACAACGCGAGCCAGCGUCACUUCACCUGGAGUAGCACGUACGAGGAGCACGAGCACGACACCGCGCUGGUCGACAGUUUCCAGUAUCAGCUUCACUUCUUUACGACGCGAGAUCACAGCAGCAACAGCAGGAUGAUUUCACACACCAUUGAAACAGACAGGACAAACUAUCGGGUGGAUGAUGGGGAGUUCGCGCCGGACACCGAGUACACUGCCAGAGUACGAUCCAGUCCAAACAUGGCUUUCUUUAAAGGACAGUGGAGCGACUGGUCCUCCAAAGUUCACUUUAAGACAGAGUCAACCGUCACACAUCUCUCCUCGAACAUAUCUGAACUGAAGGUGUUCGUCCCCUUGUGUGUGUUGGCGAUCGUCAUCUUACUCCUGUGUUAUGUUCCUGUUAAAAAGUGGAAGCAAAGUGCCUCCAUCCCAACACCAGCUCCCUAUUUCCACACCCUGUACAGUGACUGCCAGGGGGAUUUUAAGCGCUGGGUUAGAACGCAGGAACGCACAGUGGAUACGCAGAAGGCGGAGGCCUCGCUCCGAAUCGACGGCCUGAUCAAGUGCACUGACAUCCCAGGGGAAGACCGUCAGCCACGCUUUCACCUCCCGCUGGUGGACGACAGAGCAUACAACAAUUUAAGUGACCCGGUCAGUGAUGAGUCACUCCUGGACCUCCUGUACGCUGUGGCCACCAUGAAUCCACCAUCAGCUCCAGAAGAUCUGACCCUCAGUUCAGACCCAGGAAGCAGUGAUGAAAGAGACUCAGGGUGUGUGCUCUACAGUGACAUGUCCCUCGGGAAGGGCUCCCCCUGGUACUGCAACGAGUACUGCACUCCAAGUGACUUCACGCAGCUUGGCGCGCUCACAGCCGAGCACCAAAGGGCCCUGCAAACAAACCCUUGCCUACAGAAGAUGAUCAGAGUGGACGCCGUCGAGGAAGCAGUGGUGUGUACGUCAACUGAUGAGGGAGGAAACAUGUACGCAGUUUAAAAAGAACUCAUUUUACCAAAACAAAAACAAAAGCCUGACCACGGCUCUCUUAAACGUGGAGUGGAACCUUCAUUAAUGGUAUUGUUGAGACCUUUCUUGCUACUAUAUAUUUCAGAUAUUUCAUGUCGAGAAUAUAUCUGCCUAUUACGUCAGGUUUGUUCAAGACACGCUUGAGCGUUACAUUCACAUGUUGUGUAUGAGUUAAACUCAGUGACAGCUUGUUAAUAUACUGCGUAUAAGACCAACUUCAGUCACAUCAUUAUAGAAAACAACAACUCUGGUAGUACUGAGACUUUAGCACAGUACUGUAUGUAAAAAGAUGUACAACAACCACCUGUGCCGUUUAAGAAAUGGUUGGUUCGGCUCGACUCUUACUGCUUAUUUUUGCUGUUCCAUCAGGGAUAGUACCUGAAGGUUCUAAGCGAGCUGAUUGGUCAGAGUGUCGUCACUGGAAGAGUCAUGAGCGCAACGUCCGACGCAAGAAUCCAACCGAACAAUGCCGGACUGUAGAUGAGUUAAAAAGACUUAAAAAUCCUGGUGUAUUUAGCGACAACCCUGCAGAAAACCUGCAAUAGCAAGCGGCAUCACAGCCCCUGCCGCCAUAUUUCAGUAUUUCAGAGUCUGUGCUUCGGUCAUGGAGUUUUGAACGAUUCUUUUUUUAAUGAACUGAUUCUAAUGAUUCAGUUACACUAAAAACAACAACAAAGCUUUACAAGUCACCAGUUUGUGUGUGUGUGUGUGUGUGUCGCGUGUAAAAACAAAGGCAGUGCAACGAUGACUCCGCCCACUUUUAGGAGGUACUAACUUCUGGUCGGGACAUUUUUGAGAGGGGUACGUAGGCUUUUCGAGCUGGAACAGCAUAUGCAGUCCUGUGUGAUGACGUGCCACACAAAUGAAGAUCUGUUUUGUGAAUAUACUUGCUGCACCCUUGUUAUCAAUGAAACCAGUAUUUGUAAUUUAGCAUGUUUCAUUAAUCUCUGAUGAUAUAUCUAUCGCGUGGUCAUUUAUGUGUUAAUAGAGCUUGGGACAUCAUGUCAGGACUGACAGGGGACAGCGCUUCUCAUCCCAUAGUGUACAGCAUGCAGACAGCACAGGCUGUCUUUGCCGGAUGCUUUCAUCAUAAACGUGGAGAUGAUGUGUGAAUUCUUUUACUUUUGUAAAUCAUGUGGAAUAUAGCCAUUGUAAUAGUUAGAGGGCAUUAAAAAAAGAUGUGUUUCAUGUGGCUGCUCCUUCUGUGUUGUUUUCAUCUGGUUUAUGUCUGAAUAAGACAAUACAUUCUUAAAUUCUGUGCACUAUAGGCUGUGGCAUGCACACACACACACACCGACUGGUCAUUUUAUUAGGUACAUCUGUUCAAAUGGCUUUGAAUGUGACACAGUGAAUUGUUCAGAAAGAGAAAAUAACCAGUGAGUGACAGUUCUCAGGGAGAAAAUACAUCCUUUGUUAAUGCCAGAGAGCAGAGAAUGGUUAACCUGGUUCAAAACUAUAUCCAGGCCACACUAACUCAAAUAACAAUUAAUCACAGCAGGGCUGCAUCAAUAAUUUGAUUAUUAACUUAAUGCUUAAUUUUCAGCAUCUUAGAUGGGAAUAUUUUCAGGUUUCUUUGCUCAAUAUAUUAAAGAACUCAUUAAAA